UGUUGAUUCUAACGCUCCUUAAUUUCAUCAUCGAAAAAAACUGCGAAAACUCCCAUAUUUAUUCUCUUUUUCUCGUCUUUCCCGUCGCCGGCCGAAUGCUCCCCACAAUAAAUUCCAACAAACAGUUUUAUUUCUUCUACACUUUUCAAAAAAUCAUUUUCUAGCCUUUUUUGAAGAUGAACGAUCUUCUCACGGACUCGUUCGUUGGAGAUGCCAAAGGCAACACGUCCAGAGAAUCCGACAUAGAGAUGGGCCCUCGGCUUCCUAGGAGUAGCUCUGAUGUGGCUCUGGAAUCCUUCCAUAAGCAGAUACAAGAGGUCGAAAAGCAGGUGGACAAGCUCUCCGUUUUGCUACAGAACCUUAAGGAAGCGAACGAGGAGUCAAAAUCGGUUACAAAAGCUUCUUCGAUGAAAGCUAUCAGGAGACGGAUGGAGAAAGAUGUCGAUGAAGUAGGAAAGAUAGCACGCGGUAUAAAAGUGAAAAUCGAGACAAUGAACAAAGAUAACUUAGCUAACCGGCAGAAGCCUGGCUGCGGAAAGGGAACGGCCGUUGAUAGGUCAAGAACAAACAUGACAAACGCCUUGACGAAGAAAUUUAGAGACCUCAUGACCGAGUUUCAGACAUUGAGACAGAGGAUUGAAGAGGAGUAUCGCGAGGUUGUUGAGCGACGGGUAGUAACAGUUACUGGAAGUAGACCGGACGAAGAGACUAUCAAUACUCUCAUUGAAACCGGAAACAGUGAACAGAUAUUCCAGCAAGCGAUGCAACAAUCCGGGCGGGGCCAGGUAAUGAACACUUUGGAGGAGAUUCAAGAGAGGCACGAUGCUGUAAAGGAGAUCGAGAAGAAGCUUCUCGACCUUCAUCAGAUUUACCUAGAUAUGGCCGUGCUAGUCGAAGCUCAAGGAGACAUUUUGGACAACAUUGAGAGCCAGGUAACGAACGCAGUCGACCACGUUCAGUCGGGAACGACUGCGCUUCAGAACGCGAGAAAACUGCAGAAGGGCUCGAGAAAAUGCAUGUGCAUUGCCAUUAUAAUUCUCUUAGCAAUUGGAAUUAUUAUAGUUAUUAGUUUGGUCCAACCAUGGAAAAACUAAGGGAAAAUGGUGCUUCGUUUUUCGCGCACAGCGCGUAAAACGUCGCUCCCAGUUAACCUUAGUUAGCGAUGUGUUGUUUGCAUGUUCGUGAGCCUUGAAUGGCUUUGAGAAAUUUUAUAGUUUGAUAGAUUAAAUAUAUUGAUACUAA